GACCCGGAACCCGUCUGCCCAGGGUGCCGGUUUCCGGAGGGAGCGGUCCCUCUGUAGGCAGCUCUGGGAGAUCUGCUUCCGGCGUGUCCCAGUCUCCGCGGCGUGUUCCCCUGGCGUGUCAGUGUCUUCCCGGCGAGCGGUCGUGGCGGCCAUGAGACAGAAGCACUACCUCGAGGCUGCUGCGCGACAGCUGCGGGAGAGCUGUCCGGGCCAGGCCCGCUACCUUCUAUGGACCUACAGUUCCUCCCACGAUGAUAAGAACAGUUUUGAAGAAACAUGUCCAUACUGUUUCCAGUUGUUAGUUCUGGAUAAUUCCCGAGUGCGCCUCAAACCCAAGCCCAAACUGACACCCAGAAUACAGAAACUUCUUAAUCGAGAAGCAAGAAAUUCUACACUCAGUUUUAAAGAAGCAAAAAUUUUGAAAAAGUACAGAGAAUCCAAAAGUGUAUUGCUGGUUACUUGUAAAACAUGCAAUAGAACAGUUAAACAUCCUGGUCGAAGUAGAAGCUUUCUGUCAGCGCUGAAGAGCGGUCCAGCCACUCCGAUGAGUAAACUCAGCCAGAAGGUCCCAGAGACAAAGACUCCAAGACACCUCAGUCUGACUGGUUCUAAAGUCAAGAGCCCAGCACUGAUCUUCAGAACACCUACAUCCGUACAGUCAACACCGCUCUGCUCCCCAAAGAACGUGAGCAAAACAAAAAAACACUUCUCUCAACUAAAAAUGUUGCUCAGCAAGAGUGAAUCCCAAGAGACUCCAAAAAUGGACUUCAGAAAUUUCUUAUCUUCUCUCUGAAGGAUGAACUUUAAAAUGUAUACACUGGGGACCAACAGGUGGCAUAGCAAGCUAAGCCUCAGCCUGCAAUGUUAGCAUUCUACAUGGGCACCAGUUCGUUUUCCAGCUGCUAUACUUCUCAUCCAGCUCCCUGCUUGUGACCUGGGACAGCAACAGCAGAUUGCUUAAGCCCUUACAAUCCUGGACCCAAACAAGAGACCCAGAAAGAAGCUCCAGGCUCCUGGCUUCAGAUCUGCUCAGCUCCAGCCUUGCAGCCAUUUGUGGAACAAACCAGCAGGUGAAAACCUUCUCUCUGUA